CGAUGACAUAUACGAUAUGGAAUUUUGAAGUCCAUUGACUUAAAUUGUUUUAUUUGUGUUACCCCCGACUAUUGCGUUUGAUUAAUUGUUAAUAAUAAUGGAUUUUGGCCAGCUACUACAUACAGCACAGAAAAAUGAAAAAUCAAAGGAUCAGAGGGUCAGAUACUAUAGUACCAAAUUUGAACCUCCCAAAAAAGAAAAGAAAUCCGAAAGACAACUUUCUGAUAAUAUAAAAAAAUUUUUGGCCAAGAAGGAGGCUGAAGAAAAACAAAAAGCUGAGGAAGCCAGAAAAAAGCGAGAUGAAUUGCUUGCUCUUCGAUCUCAGGACAAGAAGGCAACCAAACGUGUCAAUGUAAUGCUUAAAAGGACCAAAUCUGCCAAUCAAUCUGUUAUUGAAGAUGCCAUUGACAAUGAUAACACUGCUGUCACCCUUGCUGGCCCCAUGCAACCUGACGAAGAUGAUUAUGGUUACGUGUCUCAAGAGGCAGCACAGUAUUAUACUAAAAUGAUGGAAAAGUAUAGUAAAAUGCCAGAAGAACCACCCAAAUUUGACAUGUCCAAGAAAAGUGUUAGUACUAAUUUAGGAAGUACUAAAGAUAGAGUAAAAGCUGCCUUAGACAGAGAAAGGGAGGAAGCCUUAUUGCCACACAAAAGGAAAAGAAAGCAUAAGGAGAAAAAGGAGGAUGCUGAUGAAGAAGGAGUUAGUUAUGAUGCUCCAGAUAGAUCUGUUGAUGAAACAAAAAGUUCUUCAGAAAAAUCUGAUAAAGAGAAGAUGCCACCACCUAAGCCAAAACCCAAACCAGCUCCUCCUCCAAUGAACUUUGCAGAUAUACUUAAAAUAGCAGCGCAAAAACAGCAUGAACCAGUAAUAAUAGAGAAAAAAGAAAAAGAAGAAGAAAGGCUAUUAACUAAAAAACAAAGGAAAGAAAUGGAACGUGAAAGAGAAUCUCAGAUGAGAAGGGAAGAAAGACGUCGUCAAGAAAUUAUGUAUAGUAAAUUAGCGAAAGCAAGACAAAAGGAAGAAAGAGAAAAAUUAGGCAAAUCAGAUGCGAAUGCCAAAGUUUCAGAAAAACAAAAGUCACAGAAGAAUGAUGAAUCGAGUGAAAGUAGUAAACCUUCUAGUAGUAAAAAUAGAGAUUCUGAUAAAACUGAGGGUAAACCAAGUGGUAGAGAGAAACCAGACAAACCAAAACCAAAAAGUUUGUUGAGUGCUUUUAAAAGCAGACCUAAAGACGACGAAGAUCCGUUCCAGGAGGAAAGCAGACCUGGGAGAAAAUAUUUACCAGGGGAUAUGCGGUACAAGCCUGAUCAGGAUACAAAAACACCAACACGUAAAAAGGAGCCAGAACCAGAGAAGAAAGUUUCGUUCAAAAUUCCUUCUAAUAAUAAUAUACACAAAAAGCCACCUCCUAGUAUUAAUUCCAAUACACAAAUUAAAAAGACGCCACCUAGUGAUCCAAAACCUUCGAGAGAGCUUUUGUCUGCUAAAGGAAGUAUGCCUCAAAAGAAACUAUCGGUAGAGCCCAAAUCGAAGAAAUUUCCACCAGAGGAUGUUAGACGAAAAUUACCUCCGAAACUACCUCCAAAACAAUUUCCACCGCCUGACGUCAGGAGAAGUGGUAGUUCCAAAAUGGUUGUCAACAAAGGAAGAAUAUUGGACGACGACGACGAAGACGAAUAUGAUUCAGAAAUGGACGAUUUCAUCGACGACGACGAUGCAGGAGACGAUAUAUCUUCGUACAUCUCUGAAAUCUUCGGCUACGAUAGAAAAAGAUAUAGAGACGUUGAUGAUGAUGUCGACGAUAUGGAAACUUCAUUUGCACAACAGAUGAAAGAAGAAGUUAUCAGUACCAAAAUAGGUAUUAUGGAGGAUCUCGAGGAAGAAAAGAAAGAAGAAGAAGCAAAGCGAAGAAAAAUGUUAAUGAAAAAGAAAAUGAAAGCCUCAUGAUUUUUAAUAUUCGUAUUAGAUUUUUGUACAUUUUAUAGCAUCAGUACCAGUAACCUGGUAUUUAAUUUAUUAAUGUUGGGAUGAUACAAAUGACAUUUUCACUUUAUAAAUAUUUUGUGAAGUCUUAGUAACUAAAUGGUCAGAAUAUUUGUCUUAAGUUUGUUCUCUACGGCGAGAUUUAAUGACAAACUUUCUCAUACACACAUUUAUUAAUGCAUAAGACCAUUUUUGAUCCACUGCCACUUUUUGCCAACAUUUUCUAUAUACUUUAUCACUUCUUCAACGAACUUUAUUGCUUACAUUUUCGCUUAAAGUUACUUCUGAUCCUGUAACAUGUGAGAACUGCAUCG